UCACGCAUUCCUCUUGCGUCGAACAGCUGCCUUUUGAUUUAUUUGUACUUUUAAUUCCGGAAUGCUGCUGAAGACGGUGAGUGUAAGUGGGGUGCAGCACGUCUACGCCUGCAUGGAGGGGCAGCAGGAUGAAACCCUGACCAUUCACGUCCUCCAACCUGGCGAGAAUCGGAGUUACUCCGAGACUUUGGCCAAACACGAUUACCAGCAGCGUUUGAAAACGCUCAACGCACGCGUAAAGUUUCCCGAGGCAUCGGUGCGUCUGGUCCUGGUCAGCGAGGAUCCAUUGCACGCGGAACAGCAGCUGGACAAGCAUCCACUCACCAUCUGGAAGCUGAAGUAUGCGAUGGCCAAUUCGGCAGUGCCUCUCAAGUGGGAAUGGCACUUGAGCCCCACGGAUGCCGCACAGUUUUAUUGCCAAAUUUGCACGAGCUCCAUGUCCACGGCGUCGGGACUGCGGGAUCAGGUAUCCCUUCUGCUGGAGAUUCUCAAAGCCAAGGACAAGGAGCUGAAACAGUAUCGCACCGAGGGCUGCCAGCUGCGCAGGGUGACCGCAGUAACCAAACCCUUUGAUCUCGAGGGCUUUAUGAAUGAGCACCAGCAGGUGCUGGAUAGCGCCGCUGCCUACCAGAAGGCGCAGAUCAUUUUUGCGGCUGGUGAGCCAACGACAAAUUCGUCAGCGUUCUCUUCGCCAAGUGCGCAGGAUGUGAAGCCCAAGACACCGUCAACCGGCUACUCAGCUUCGUCGGAGGCAUCAAGCCCAAAAGUGACGCCUCGCCUCAGAAAGCGCAAGGCUCUUGAGAUCAAUACCAAUCAUAUGGAGCGCAAGGUGAUGCAGCGCCGCUCUAAUCCGCAAAUUGAGUACAGAAGCUCACAGAGCUCCCAAGAGACAAUCGUGGAUGAUUACUUCACAGAGAUAGUGCCAACAGUCAAGAAAAGGGACAGCGAUGAUGACGAUGUAAAGCCAUCCACAUCGGCUGCGCUGUCUCGAGGCGGUUCGGCAAGACUAACCAAAGUAAAUGCAACCAUCGGAAAUGGUGUAACUAAAUGUGAACCUGCAUCUCAGGAAGAUGCAGAGGGGGAAGCUAAAGAUGAGGAGGAAACUUGUAAAUUCAUCAUACAGAAGGUUGAAUCCAUUCAAGAACUAUACGAUUCCCCAAAGGCAUCCAUCCAAGAACCCAAAUCCCACGACUCUCCGCUGGAAAAUGGGAUGGGCGAGCUGGAUGAGCUCAGAGCCAUACUGCUUCACUCAGCUGAUCUCACCCAAAAACUGAUUCAGAACCGAAAGAAACUGGCUAGAAAAUGAUCUCACUCUAAAUGGUGCUACAAGGGAAACUUAAGCUUUAGUGGUUAGUUUUUUAAAGUUUUUUUUUGAGAUAACAAGUCCUCAGUGAUAAAAGGAUAAUACCAUUUGAUGAUAAAUCAAAUGGAACAAAGCACAGGAUGCAUAGUGUUGUAGAUAUCCAUAAGACGUAUUACCAAAGUACCGACAGUACACAAGCAAGUAGAGUUCCACUGCAUAGAAGGAACUCCUAUCUCUGUCGACCAUAUUGAAUGAUAUCAAAAUGUGCCUGUUUAUUGCCGGGGAAUAACGUGUUUACUUAUCAUACGAUUAGUCACGGCUUUCCAAUGGCUAUAACCUCCCGAUCGAUGCAUUUCAUGUUAAAUGUUUUAUGUUAUAUAUAAAGUAUAUAUUUUUUUUGGCACGCUGACUAAUAAAAACAAUGGAAAAACA